AUGGAGUUCGAAUUCCGUUCGGGUGGAAAAACUCCCAAAUACGAUUUACUGAAAAUUGGGAGAGGUCUUGGGUAUGAUGUUGAUAUUUCUCAAGUUGAGCAACGUUUGGAAAUUAGGUGUAAAAAUGUUGAGGGUGGACUAGAGCUUGUUACAUCAUAUGCUACAGUGGUUGAAAUGGUUGGUCAUAUACCAUCCAAUAAGGUUAUUGUGUUAUACUAUAGUGAGAUUCAAGACUAUGAGUAUGAUGCAAAUGCAGAGAAUUGUGAUGGGGAUGUGACUCGGAAUUACCAAGUGAAAGAGGUGGCUUAUAUUAAAGUUGGAGAUGAGGAGACUUUUGAGAAUGUUAGGACAAAAGUGGCAAGUGAAGAUGCGGUCAAAGAGGUACCAAAUGAAGAUGCAGGGGCAGAAUUACCAAAUGAAGAUCUAGUGGCACAUGUGACAAUUGAUAAUGAAGGGGUAGAAUUGCCAAAUGAAGAUGAAGAUGCAGAUUCAAAAAUUAAAGACAGUGAUUAUGAGUUUAGUGAAAAUGAGGCAGAGGCCUGA